CAACCCAAAUGGGUUAAAGGAAGUGAUAAAAUUGUUAUCAAUUGCUGGAGAAUUGUGAUUUUAUCUUUCAUUACCUAGUCUUCCGAAUUUGCCGUAUGCGACGUUUAUUUCUUAAUUGAGCACACUAACAAUGAGAUACGUGGGACACACAUUUAAUAAUUCAUAUUUUCUACUUUCAACUUACCGCAAUCAAUUUAAUUCUUUAUUCAUAUUACUUUCUGCUCCCUUUUUCCGUAUUUAAUUUUGCUCAGUUAUUUCUUAAUUAAUUGGACAUCAACACCAGAAGCCAAUGUUAUGGACUCCUGGUAAGAUUAAUUUAAAAAGUGAUAAAAAUAUCAUUUGAUUGAAUUACAUGCUGCGUGUUUCCAGUCAGAGGUCUUCCUUUUCCUUCGCAGAUGCAUCUCGUAUUAAUUCUGCACGUCGUAGCCUUUGGAAUCGUCCUUAUUAAUGCCUUUUCAGUUGAUGAAAACUUCAAAUCUGGUUCAGUUGCGGUGCAGAACGGCUUUAAAGACCCAAUGGCUUCUUUCUAUACACGAGGUGGUAGUAUUCAACAAGAGAGUCCCCACCUUUUCAUCAAAGGUCGCAAACUUGGAUACUGCCUGAGGCGUCUGUCUUCAAUGGGAACACCAAGUGGUUUCAAGGGUUGGAAAAGAAAGUAUCACUCAGGUUACCUAGCAGUGGACAAAACAUUGUAUCUGUUCUUUAGAUGCAAUGAAGUGAAGGCUGUGAAGAGCGCUAAAAGAAUAAGACGAAUCGCAUCCCCUAUGGACACUCCCACCAUUCCAUCUCGUCCGUGUAUUAAUGAUACAAUGGACGACGAUUCAGAAAGUAGCGGGGAGGAAACGCGCAAACGACGCGACACUACACAAAGGAGAAUUAGAAGAGAGCCAUUCCCAAUGGACCGACGCCGUCUCCCGCCUCGUCCCUGUUAAUGCGUAAUAUCAUUUACUAAUUUUGUGUUUGAUAAGAAGUGACGAUAAAACCGAACGAUAGUUUGACCCCUCUCAAAUCAUUUUCAAGUUACAAGGAAGGUAAAUAUGUAGGUAAAUUUAAAACAUGGGAAUGCUGAAAGCGAUAAAUAUGCUAAAACACCUUUAAAUGUAUACAAAGGUCUAAUUGCGCCGAUUAAAACAGACAGUUUGAUUGAUGCUCGCUUUUUUCACGUUUACUAAGUUUGCCGAUCUAACGUUGUAAGCCUGGUUUACCUUCAUUAAAAAAAUUUGUCUUUAAAAAGAUUGCAGCGAUAUUCCUGGCAGAUUUUCGUCGUCCAAAUAAUAAUUAUUAUUCUUUUUAGGAGCGGUGAAUACUCUGGAUCAAAAAUACUGUCGGAAACAUUAAUAUUGGGGGUGUAAAAAGCGGUCGCCGUUCGCAUGCCUUGGUUGCAUUUCAAGAAAUUACUCGGAAAUAAACUUGAUAACAUAAACAAUAUAAAUUGAUCUCGAAUUACGUUUCGUAAACCUUUUCAACCAAUAAACUCAAUUUAUCACAGCUCCAUGAUGGUGCAUUAUACUACCCAGAGUGAGCAAAUAAAGGACUUUUGUACUUGUAAAGAACCUGUCUGUAAGCGUUGCGACACGUUGUGUAAGUUUUGCAGUUUUAAAUGAUAUCUUUGUGAUUUAGAAUAUAUCGGAUACGCCUGCCGCCAUGCACAUCAACGCAUCGGAAGAGCACAAGUAAUCUGCCCUUGGGAAGCAUUUACAGGAAAAGAAUAACGCAGAGAUCACUGUCAUUGACCUUGUCAGCAAAUUAAAGAGAUGCAAAGGAAAGCUAGAUUGUCUGAUCUAUGAGAUGCUGCUUAUUCGUAAAAGAAAACCGGAAGUGAAUACCAAUCAGAUUCGUGCGAACGUCUUUGCCAUUUCUCUAUGUUUUGCAACAAGCACCUGUACGGACUAAUUUUCAUUCAGAUCUAUUGUUACUUAACUCACACAUGAAGCUAUUUACACCACGCUUGUACAGAUUCAAAAAAACGUUACCGUUAUUUUGAAUCAUCGAGCCUCACCGGUCCCAGAAACCAGCCGGACCAGUUUGACGAUGACGUCAGUGCCUUUUCAUUGGUUGAAGGAGAAGUCUUUGUUCUUUCACAAUUUAAGAGCGACAACACCCGGAUGGUUGGGCAGUCUAUCUAUCUGUCUGUCUAUCUGUCUGUCUGGCUGUCUGUCUCCCUGUAUGUCUG